GGAGGGAAGAAAGAAGCGAUCGGUACCGCGCGCGGCAGGCGGAGUCCGCGGCGGGGAGGGGAGGGGUCGGGUCCCGAUCGCUGCCCCCACCCCUCCCUCCGCACCCGCACCGGCCGGACCGCCCUUCCGUGCCGUGCCUCCUGCCGGACCUGCCUGCGGGUUGAGACCUUGGGCCCGCGAGGAUUCACAAGCCACGGUUUGAAAACAGUCGGGUUAAGUACCGAAUGCAGGAUCUUUAGUAGCAGGAUGGAAGAACUCUAACUGAAGGAGAAACAGGCAAGACGCCCUCUCAGCAUGGAGACUGUUCCGGUUGAUGGGGAACUAGAUAGAAUUUCACAGUGGUAACAAACAGCGAUGAAUCUCAGCUUUUAACUCCAGGAAAAAUGAGCCAGCGCCAGGGGAAAGAAGCCCAUUUUACUCCAACCAAAGAGUUACUCCAGCCAUCUCUCAGCCCAGGAACUGCUCACAGCCAUGAAUGUGAGGUAGAAGGCUGUUACUGCAACACUCUUGUUCCAACCAGCUAAUGCUAACCAGCUUUCACAGAGAACAUAAUCCUUACACAAACAUCUUAACUCAUGAAGGAAGAGGGUCCAGUGCGACGUAGGUUUUCUUCAUGUGCUGGGAUUUCAUCUGUGUUUUCUCCAAGAUCUGAUGGCCGAAAGCUUGUACGGAAUGCUUCAUUUGGAGGAUAUAACGAACUGUCUCCUACUUUACCAGGUUUUGAAAAAGGGAAGGACGAUGUGUCACAAAGCAAAGAGGAUACAGCACAUUCUAUGUCAAAAAGCAAGUCUGAAUCCAAGCUUUUCAAUGGCUCUGAAAAGGACAUCUCUUUAUCUUCAAGCAAGCUUACAAAAAAAGAAUCUCUCAAGGUUCAAAAGAAAAAUUACAGAGAAGAAAAGAAGAGAGCUACAAAAGAAUUACUUAGCACUAUCACAGACCCAUCAGUUAUUGUUAUGGCUGACUGGUUGAAGAUUCGUGGUACCUUGAAAAGCUGGACCAAACUGUGGUGUGUACUGAAACCAGGAGUGUUGCUUGUUUACAAAACCCCCAAAAAUGGCCAGUGGGUAGGAACAGUGCUCCUGAACGCUUGUGAACUCAUUGAGAGGCCUUCUAAAAAAGAUGGCUUUUGUUUCAAACUCUUUCAUCCUUUGGAGCAGUCCAUAUGGGCUAUAAAGGGUCCCAAAGGCGAAGCAGUUGGUUCUAUAACUCAGCCAUUGCCCAGCAGUUAUUUGAUCAUCCGAGCUGCUUCAGAAUCAGAUGGCAGGUGUUGGAUGGAUGCUUUGGAGCUGGCACUGAAAUGUUCAAGUCUGCUUAAACGUACAAUGAUUAGAGAAGGUAAAGAACACGAUUCAGCAGACACUACUCAUGUGUCUCUCUAUGGUCUGCUUCGUGCUAACAACUUGCACAGUGGAGAAAACUUACCGUUAAAUGACAGUGAAAUUGAAAGGCAUCACUUUAAAGAUCAAGAUAUGUACUCUGACAAAUCUGAUAAGGAAAAUGACCAUGACCACGAGGAAUCUGACAAUGAUGGAUUGGGGAAAAGCGAAGAAAGCGAUAGCGACACAUCGGAGCGACAGGAUGAUUCUUACAUCGAUCCAGAGCCACUUGAUAUCAAAGAAACUACUUAUUUAGAACAGAGUCAUGAAGAACUCGGGGAGGCAGGGGAGGCUGCUCAGACAGAAGUAGUGUCAGAAGAAAACAAAAGUCUGAUCUGGACACUGCUGAAGCAAGUCCGGCCAGGAAUGGACUUGUCCAAGGUUGUACUGCCUACGUUUAUCUUGGAACCUCGUUCUUUCCUGGACAAGCUGUCUGAUUACUACUACCAUGCAGACUUUCUGUCUGAAGCUGCUCUCGAAGAGAAUGCUUACAACCGCAUGAAAAAAGUAGUGAAGUGGUAUUUGUCAGGAUUCUACAAAAAGCCAAAGGGACUAAAAAAGCCGUACAAUCCCAUACUUGGUGAGACUUUCCGCUGCAUGUGGAUUCAUCCAAGGACGAAUAGCAAGACUUUUUACAUUGCAGAACAGGUAUCACAUCAUCCUCCAAUAUCUGCCUUCUAUGUUAGCAACCGCAAGGAUGGUUUUUGCCUUAGUGGUAGCAUUCUGGCCAAAUCAAAAUUCUAUGGGAAUUCAUUAUCUGCGAUCCUAGAUGGAGAAGGACGGCUAACAUUCCUAAACAGGGGAGAAGAUUAUGUAAUGACAAUGCCAUAUGCUCACUGUAAAGGAAUUCUUUAUGGCACAAUGACCUUAGAGCUUGGGGGAACGGUCAACAUCACCUGUGAGAAAACUGGCUACAGUGCAACAAUUGAAUUCAAACUCAAGCCUUUUUUGGGUAACAAUGACAGUGUUAACCAAAUAUCAGGGAAAAUUAAGCUUGGCAAAGAAGUUCUGGCUAUUUUGGAGGGUCACUGGGACAGUGAAGUUACUAUUAGUGACAAGAAGACAGAUGUUUCAGAGACAUUCUGGAACCCGACAUCUGAUAUCAAGCAGCGUAGAUUACCUAGAUACACAGUGAAGUUUGAAGAGCAAGAUGACUUUGAGUCAGAGAAGCUUUGGCAACAAGUGACAAGAGCAAUAAAUAACAAAGACCAAACAGAAGCUACUCAAGAGAAAUACGUUCUGGAAGAAGCUCAGAGAAAGAGUGCCAAAGAGAGGAAACUUAAGGGCGAAGAGUGGACAUGCAAGCUGUUCGAUCAGGAUUCAGUCACAGGAGAAUGGCACUACAAAUAUGCUGAUACCAGACCAUGGGACCCUUUGAAUGAUAUGAUCCAAUUUGAAAAAGAUGGCACCAUCCAAACAAAAGUUCGACAUCGGACACCAAUGGUUAGUGUUCCAAAAAUCAAACGAAAGCCAGCCAGCCAGAAGAAAGGGGAGUGUGGCUUCUCAUCCCCGGAGCCUGAUAACCAAGAUUCCUCUGGGAGUGAAGCGCAACUUCUGAAGCAUAAUACAAGAAUAAGGAAAAAAGGGGCAGACCUUGGUGAACUGCAGAGUGCCAUUGAAUCUAUAAAGGAAACACAAGAAGACAUUAAGAGGGACAUUAUGGCUCUACGAAAUAGAGUUGCUUCUAAUUCACCACCCGUGGACUACCAUUUCUUGCAGUUUAAGCACUAUGUCUUAAUUUUACUCAUGGUUCUGCUACAGCUUAUCAUUAAUUUCUUGUUCAAAUAGGAAGUGUGAACAAGGGCCUUUCUGAACUGGAAUGAUCAAACUGUUACUGGGGACCAUAUUUUAAGUUGGACUUUAAACGAUGCAAUAUUAUCUAAAAGAGCCCUGUAGCAACAACUUACAGAACUUUGCCUCAGCAUCCGUGGUUCAGAAUCAUACUCCCAUCUACCCAGUUGAAGUAAGAAUUGUGUAAGUGCCAGUACACUCUUGCUCCUGGUGUGUGCCUCUGUCUCGCAGACAUACAACAUCCGCCUUGUGUUUUAUAUUACAUCAUAUGCUGUACUGAUGAAUCUCCACCGCAGAAUAUAGAUGAAGUUAGAAAUUCAGAGGUUGGACCCUGUAGGUAGGAUGUGAUUCCUGUUAUGGUAGAAUGAUAAACAAGCAUACUUUGUUACACGUAAACUUACCGGUUUUGUAACAAAGGAACUUUCAAAGUAGCCAACAAUUUUUGUAAAGGGCAUUGGGUGUUUGGGAGAAAACUUUUGCUUAAGGUCAAAGAAAUACAUUAUUGUACAAAGGUCAUGAGUGUUAGGAACUGGCAAGUAAAAAGCUGAAGUCUUUGGGAAUUUUGCAAUGUAAUGUCCCUGAUUUGUUUUUGGAAGUAUGACAGUUUUUAUCCACUAUAGUGUUGUUUUAUUUUUAUAGUUUUAAAACUUCAGAUUCUUCAUAAAAACAUUCCUGCAUCUACUGUACAGAGCACAUUUUUAACAGUACAGCACCCAGGAAGGUGCUGUCUUGGUCCACUCUCUCAUGAACUGCAAAUGUCAAUGAUUUACGGUAUGUUUGUAAGUCUUGAUAAAUCUACAGCUUUGAAUUUACAUUUGUGUAUGGCCACGUCACAGUAAGCAGACAGACUGCUGAUGCCAGGACACUCUCUUAUUUUUGAAACAAAAUGUGAAGAUGCAAAGGUGCUUAGUAUGUAGCUUGAGUUGAACCUCCCAAAAGACAGACGAUGUAGAACAGAAUUCAGGCACCGUCAUGAGUUCACUUGCAAAUGAAAACGUGUAUUUGCAAGGGGAAAGUCUUCAGAAAUUAUGGGAUGGCUAACAACAUGCGUGUCAAAACAAAUGAGAGUGAAACCCUAAGCUUUUGUUAAAUUCCUCCUUACUGCAGUGCGUACUACCUAACAGAACACAUGGAUGCACCUAUUCAUUAUGCCAUAGCCAUAGAAAUUAAUGAGAAGUUUGUUUCAAUUUAAAACCAGGGUUUCUAACACUUUAUUCAAAGAAAUAUAUGCAUGUAUCGAACUUGUAAAAUUCCAGCAAAAAAAUUUAGCACCAGUGUUUAUCUGGUGAAUUCCUUAUGCCAGUGAAGCGUACCGAGUCAAAAGGGGGCUGUAGGAUUGCAGACGCACUCUCAGGAACCCAGAUGAGACAACAGGAAGGUGAGCGGCACAACGCAAAGGGCAGCCAGGUUUGUUUUCCGAGGAUUCUUUCAGAAAUCAAAUCCAUCCUGGGCAGUGGAACAGUUCAGAGGUCGCAUUUGGCUUUUUGCCAUGGCCCAGUUAUCUAUCCCUCUGCUUUGAGCAGCCUCCCUGACUUUCCAGGUGACCUACCUUUCUGUUCUGCAUCGGUCUCACCCAGUGUUUAGUGAAAAUACUAUUUAUUUGUUGUUUAUCAGUCCAGCUCAUAUAUUCCUGACAUCUUCACACACCUCCCCUUCUCUUUUACCUUUCCCCUUCUUUGGGCCUCAGCUACGUAAAAGCUUAUUGCUUAAGCAGUCAACGUCAGCUUAUUUCUUACAGCUGUAUAUUAGCAUAGUUUGGUCUUGAAUCAUUUUAUGGAACAUGGUACCUUAACCAGACUGAUCUUGUAUAUGUGGGCAAGACCAAACUUGCUUGGACUUCUAUUACAUCUACAGCUGAUGAGGUAGAAUUUAUAAAUAUAGAAAGUCCCUCGCUGUUUAAAAAAUCCCUAAGUCUCUAAACAGAAACUGAUGUUGUUAGCCAUGUAUAAAAUGGCAUAAAGAAAGGAGAUUAUUAUGGCAUUAAUUUAAUGUUCUCAGCCUGGAAUUUGGCCAUUCAUUACCGCAUUCAGAUGUCAAAGCUUCACCUGUCUUAAGAUCCAUUACAAGCCUUUAAGCAUACUCUGCAUGUGGGAGUAAUACAGGAGGAAAUGAGUGAGAAUUUGGGCAAUAACUUCAAUCCCCUACAAUAAUACCCUGCUAAAUUUGAGGUGCUGAAACUCUUGGCUGAUAGUUACAAGCUUUUAUCUCGCUUGUAAAUAGAAAUGUCCUUCUGCCCUUUCAUGUUGCUUUUUUUUUUUUAAUCCCUUCUAUCCAAGAUCAGUUAAUAACACAGUCUGCAUGUAUUUUUAUACGGACUGCAUGGUAGUAAGUGUGGAUUUGACCCAGCCAGCUGGCUGGCAGUGCUGUGUUGGUCAAUGUCAGACUAAACAGAUACUCCGUAUCUGAAAUUCAUGCUCGGCUCAAGAGAAUUAGAAGACUUGAGCAGAGUGAGACAAAAUGCCUCUGCUUAUUUUCCUUUUCAACUUAUUUUUUAGACUUCAAUUCUGUUGUAAAAGUGGUUUAAGUGAUGAUCCAGGAAGGUGGAUAUAUGAUGAAACUUUUUGAAAGGGAAAAUUCCAGACUUCUGCUUGACUGUAUUAGAUAAAUUCUAAAAAAUACAUCAAAGCCCUAAUAAUUCCUGUUUUGCUGGGGUUUUUAUGAUGUUCUCUCAUGUGAAUAGAACAAAGAAAUUUCUUGCCUGAUUUUUACAGUACAGCUGGUCACAGGCGUGUAUGAAGCCUUUUCUUUAGCGCAUCACCAUUGUUCUAUUUAACCAUGAUAUGUAGCUGAUCUUGAAUGUUACAUGCUUCAGGCUGAGCUCUGCACACAGUUAUAAAAAUUGAUUGUACAGUUUGCAGAUGUUUGAGGGCUGUGACCUCCUACUGAUUUUUAAAGUUUAAAACAGCACUCCUUUUCACAUUUGAUUUACAAAUCUUGUUGUGUUCAAUUUUUUUUUUCUUGUACAGGAAAUAUUUUCAGAAUUUCUUGCCAUGUGGUUUUGUUGUUUUGGUUUUGUUUGUUUUCAAAUGCACUCUAAGCCUUUAAUUUGCCAUUUAGGUACAGAUUGCCUAGUUAGGUACAGACGACCUAAGGUAAGAAAAAGUAAAUAUGCCAUGUGAAAUGUAGCAAGUAUCAGUUUCAGCAGUAGAAGAUGAUGUUUCUUGCAUUUCACAUGUUGAUUCCUUUUAAAUAGUUGACAUUACUUAAUGAGGGUAUAGCCUGGUUGUUCCACCCCCCAAUUAAAUCUCAUAAAUUAUUUGAAAGUUUGUCCCAUAAAAUGUAUUGAUGGUGGUUUCUUCCUUUUUCUGUUUGUUGUUCACUGCCCUCCUGUGCCUUUGAGAUUAAUUUUUUUUUCUAGACUGGUGUUUGAAACAGACUUUGGAUUAAAUGUUUCGUAUAGUUUCUUAAAGGCUCUUACUUCACCACUUUUUGUGUAAAUAACAUAUGACAAAGAUCCUGUACAUCUGUCAGUUUUAAUUAUUGUUAUUUCAAGGGUAUCCUCAAAUCACAGAAAAUUUAGCAGAUAUUCAAGUAUUGUAAACAGUGCCUUCUUGAUGGGUUUCUUGCUGUUCUGAGACAUGUAAAACAGAUAUGUCAAGUUUGUGCCAUAUGGAACAUCUGACCUUUUGUGAGGGCUUUUGUGUUUGAAAACUAACUUUCCUGCUUAGUCAGACUCCGGGGGCAAAAAAUCAGCUCUUAAAACACAUUAAAUUAUUCCCUCUUCUGGCUGGUGAGCCACAAGCGGAGGAGUGCUGGUGUUUGCUACAACGAAGCUGCACUACUUCUCGUAAUACCACCAACACAUAGCCAUAACAAAACACCACCCUCAGAGACAGAUUAUUUCAGCUCCUUAACGUCAGAGCAAAGCAGGGUGAGGACAGAGGGCUGCAGGAGCUGUCCCUCUGUCAGUCUCCUGUGACAAACGCCCCUGUCCCGGCUUUUCGUUUGACCAAGUGGGAAAAGCAGUCUUCACAGCACCGAGCCCGUCUCCCUUGGUUUGUUUCUGCUCCGUCGCCGCCGUUCCCGCGCUGUACGUCACCCGGGCUCACCGUUUGUUUAAGGGAUUUGAACUGUUACCGGGCGGCGGAAGCUGGCCGCCCCGGGGCUGGCCCUGCCGCCGCACCCAAUAAAGACGUGUCGCACCUCC